AUGGCCUUCAGGGUCAACCGUUUUCCUAAUUUUUUUUUUUUUUUUAAUUAAAAAACAAUUCUCAAACAUAUAGGCAAAUCUAUGACUCGUAAAACAUCCACUUCUUUUCUGAGUAAUAGAAGAGUUUAAUCACCGAUCACUGAAUCAUCCAUUGAAUUUAAUAAAUCUAGUGAGGAGUCAGAUGAUGAUUCAGUGAAGUCAGGUGAUUGUGGAAAAAAAACGCCCGACGUUUCACGAUCUCCAAUUUCUGUACAAGAGCAAGGAAUAGUAGAAAAUUCACUUUUAACUACAGAAUAACCUUAUCAAGUUGAUGAUAAGUUAGCCGAAGACAACAAUGAGCCUAAAGACGACGAUAAACCUUUGGCAAACUCAGAAGAUGAUGGAAAUGAAAAAAGCAAGCUGCCUGAAACUGAUUUCUAUGAUGAAGAUGUUCAACUACUUGGCCCUAAACACAACAUGAAGAUGAUUGAUUUAGAGAAUAGUGGAAUAUACUGUACAGAAUAUCGGUGGAAUCUAGCGCAAACGUCACGGGAAGGAACUAUUAUGAUCAGACAUUUAAUGGAAGGAGUUUUUAAACAUGAUAAAAUUUUAAAUUGCACUUUUAGUGGACAACCUCCAAAAAAUAAACCAAAAACUAAUGAAAUUAUUCGCCCUCUUCAUACCAAGGCUACAUCUUGCAUCAUUAAUCUCGUGUUAAAGCGUGCCGAAGAUAAUAACUGGACGAAAAAAAACAAAACUUGGAUUUGUUUCUUAUACAUGGGAAAUUCUACAGCAAGCUCUGAGUCAGCGCUUAGGGGAAAUAAAACGCACCCACCACGAGAAUUCUAAACUGCAGCCGAAAUCCAGCAGUUAGAAUAUACGACGCCUCAACUCUUCGACUUUUUAAGUGCAAAAACUAAAUAAUAUUGUUUUAGUUAUUUUCUAAACUAAAUAUUAACAAGCCACAUAGCUUGACAAAAAUAUUUAAAAAAAAACUCAUUUAAAUAUUAAAACUGGGACUAUAUAUAUAAAGCAUUCAUUGUGUCAAAAGUAUUUUAAGUAUUUAACUAGCGUUUAUAUCUUUUCUAUAAGUUAUUUUUUAG